GUUCCAACAUGGAGCUGGAGGAAUGUGAAAGUGACGUGUGUGGGGUGUACCGCCUGAAUGAAAACAGCUGUGUCAAAGUAAUGACCAUGGAAAGGGAUUUCAUCAACGCACAGCAAUUGUGUCGAACUUUCCAAGGCAAGUUGGUCAAAGUGCAAAAUGAGGAAGAGCACAACAAGCUGCUGUGUAUGAUGUACCGGCUGUUCCCUUUCCGGCUCCACUACUGGGUCAGCGCUGUGAGGGGAGAUGAUGAUGUUUUCUACUGGUUUGAUGGAAGCGGACCAGUGGAGUUUGCGCCGUGGCGUGAAGGUCAGCCCGACAACUUUAACAAAGAGAUCUGCGUGUGGAUGAACUCUGGCAGCUGGGGUGCAUGGUGCGACGGCACGUGUAGUACAAUGAAUUCUGUGGUGUGUCAGAUCGCAAUGUGAUUCUCCAAGAGUCACCAAGAGCAGCCGCACAGUUUGUCUCCUCGAUGCUUUUACAAGCAUUGCAAUAAACUUCAAGCACCAGAUAAUUUGUUCCUGCUUUUGGUUUCAUUUGUUUAACGUGCAUCCAACACCAAAACCACUCAUUUUUCACAAGCAUUUGUUAGCGU